GGCAGCAAACGUCCCCAUGAACAUGAAACUGAUGGGCAACUCUCACAUGGAUUUGGGUUUCCUUUGGUGGGCCAUCUUGCUAUUUCACAUACAAGUAAGAGCGGACACUACCACAACUCUUUUGAUGACAACAGAAACUCCCACCGUCCCUACAACUCAAACCCCAACACACACCAGUGGGGCUCUUACAACAUUGCCUUUGGGGGAGACGUCUACUUAUACAACACAGAUAAGCCCCUUUGAAUCGACAUCCACAACGCAGCCAACUACCUUUAGUUGGACAUCCACCUCUCAAUCCUCAUCAGAGACUUCAACUGCCCCGCAAAUGCCCUCGACUCUUGCACCAGAAGUGCCCCCAUCUCCCUACACCGUUACUGGUCCAGAUCAAGAACUUGCAACUCCUAGUCAGGAUCAAAUGAAAGCUGAACUCUGCGAAGAGAACAGCAAAAGGCUAAUACUGAUUUGCCUCAUCAUCAUUGGGGUGCUUAUCUUCAUUUGUGUAUGUCUACUUGUGGCCACUGUUGCAAUGGCAAACAAACUCUCCUAUAUGAAGAAAAGGCAGCCGAGCAAGCGCCCCCUCAGGAGCAACGGCGAUUUCCUCACCACAAACAGCUUGUGGCCAGCUGGAUUAGAAACGUUGCAGAGGAUGACCAACGAGGCGGCAGCAGCGGAGCUGAUGUCACAAAGAACGGGGUCGGAGAGAACAAAAGCGGGACAAGGGAAAACUGGAGAAGAAGCUAGCAAGAAGCUAGCGAGUGAACUGUCAGACAGGCAGAAGCUCAAGGAGGUGUCGGCAAAGCCACCCAGCAGCACCACAACCAUCAUUUAGAUUCAAGCAUCAUGCGGACACCCAAAAAAGGUUGGGAGGGAGAGAACUUGAAGGCUAUGCGCCACCACUGCAAAGGCAUCGGGUUUCCGGGCGGUAAUGAACUUUCCAGGUUGGAAUUCCAUAGCGAGCUAUCACCAGAGAGGUAAUUGUCCACGAUGCUUCAGAAAUCAAGCAGUCCACAGCUCCUGAAAUGUAGGCGACUUGUUUUGAGAAAAUUCAAAUGCUACCCAUGCAAGGAGGCAGGUGAAAAACAGAGCAGAUGCGAGGCUGGAAGGGGAAAUGUCCCCUUGCCACCCGCACAGAACAACAAGGAUGGCUGAGAGGCGGAGCCAGUCUUUGCGAGGAAAGCCUUCCACAAAUGUACGCAUCAUAUCCCUGCUCAUUUUCCUUACAUUAGAACACUGGGUCUCAGCACAGGAAAGCAAUGCCACGGAGGUGCUGCAAGCUCUUACCUGCUUGCUUCCUCCCCCUGCUCCAAGCUACCUGGGUGCAUCCUGACUGGACUAAUACAGUGGUACCUUGGGUUACAGACGCUUCAGG